AUGCAGAACUUUCAAGUCGUACUCGAUGGUCGGAACUUGAGCAGCAUCUCUAUGACAACCUGUGUGGCUACGUCCGUCUUCGCAAAUUCAUAUCCUCCUUCAGCAUCUGUAUUCGCAGACAAUUCGAGAGAGGUCAUGACAAGGAUUCUAGGGUUCCUCGCAGCUCAACAAAAUCCUCUUUUGAUCAAUCUCUAUCCCUACUUUGCAUAUGCGUCUGAUCCUGUGAAUAUACGCUUGGACUAUGCUCAGUUCACAGCACCAGGCGUGGUGGUUCAGGACGGAGCUUUAGGAUAUACGAACAUGCUUGAUGCCAUGAUCGAUGCGUUCUUCUGGGCGAUGGAGAAAGUGGGAGUGAAUAACGUUGGCGUGGUGGUGUCUGAGAGUGGAUGGCCUUCUGGUGGAAAUGGCGAGAUCACGAAUCCGACAAUGGCUGCUACUUACAAUAAGAACUUCGCUAAGCGGAUCACAACACAGAAUGGAACGCCAAAGAAACCAGACGCUGUGAUUCCAGGUUUCAUUUUUGCAAUGUUCAAUGAGAAUCAAAAGCCUGCUGGCGUGGAGCAAAACUUUGGACUCUUCAUUCCUACAUCCAGGCAACCUGUUUAUCCGGUUUUUCCUCUUUAA